UUCUGAUUGAUUCAGUUCUAGUUCGUUUAUCUUCGAUCGGAUUGGUUGAUUAAGAGUCUUUGAAUGCAAGUCCUAUUUUUUAGUGUGCUUUUUUAGUUGCACCCUAGGUGGGAAAUUUAUUGCUUCAUUUCAUUUCUUAGGUACUAUUUGCGGCUGCUCCGAUUAUUGUGAUUUGGAUAUUUUUGAGCUAGGUUUUGUUAGAGAGGACUUUUCUUAUUUCUUUUCAUGCGUGAAUUGUCCAAUUGUGGUGGGGUUUUGAAUCUAGGUAUUCUGGAAUUACGAAAACAAGUUCUGUUAUUGACGUGAAUGUGUAAUGGGUUCUGUGGGUUUUUGAUCUUAACCUUUUACGCUGUUGUUUUUGUUUGUCUCUGAACCAUAUACUGUUCCAUCUCGGUAUCAGAAUCUCAACUCCCACAUCCUGAAUUGCCAUUGCUGGAGUAACGACAGCUACAAGAGGGAGUCUGCAUCAAUGGCUUUUAGGCGUAGCCUUUCGAAUAUGUCUUCUUCUCUUCUUACUAGAAGAUAUCAGCCUUGUUUAAGCUAUCUUCUCCAUGAUCGUGAUACCAAAGAGGAACCUAUCGGCCUCCAUGAUGUUGGUCGGCGGAGCUACUCUAUUAGCAGCUUCAACAGUUCGAUUCCCUUAUACGAAAUCAGGUCUUUUCACUUCUCUCGGUGGCCUGCCUUUGCCCCAUCAUCUUCUUGCCGCUUUAUGUCAACUUCCAUCGGUGAAGGAUCGAGCGAGAUUAAUGCCUUAGGGGACGUUGCGCAAGUUCUCUCAGAUACCACCCUGCAAACUGCGGCUUCACAUAGUGCUCCCGUAAACGAGGUAGCAGUUGCGGCUGCUGAUUCUUUCUUCCCUGUUGCAGCCCUGCAACAUGUCAUUGAUAGUGUACACUCUUUUACCGGCUUUAACUGGUGGGCUUCCAUAAUUGUAACUACUCUUCUGAUUCGAGGAAUAACAGUUCCCCUCUUAAUAAAUCAACUGAAAGCAACUUCAAAAUUGACUUUAUUGAGGCCACAUUUGGAAAAAAUCAAGCAGCAGGUGCAAGAUAAGGGUAUGGAUCCUACAGCUGUGGCUGAUGGUCAGAAAGAAAUGCAGAAGCUUUUUAAGGAAUAUGGCGUGAGUCCGUUUACUCCUUUGAAAGGGCUCUUUAUUCAGGGCCCUGUCUUUGUUAGCUUUUUUCUUGCUAUUUCAAACAUGACAGAAAAGGUGCCGUCAUUUAAACAUGGGGGUGCUUUUUGGUUUACAGAUCUCACUACUCCAGAUAGCUUGUACAUAUUUCCAAUUUUGACAGGGUUGACUUUCUUGGUAACAGUUGAGUGCAAUAUGCAAGAAGGUAUGGAAGGAAAUCCAGCUGCUGGUACCAUUAAAAACAUUUCUCGGGGCUUUGCUGUUCUUUCAGUUCCACUGACAAUGACUUUCCCAAAGGCCGUAUUUUGUUAUUGGGUUACAUCCAACGUGUUCUCCCUCAUGUAUGGACUAGUGCUCAAGGCUCCAGGGGUCAAGAAGUUCUUGGGUGUCCCUGAAAUACCUGUGGCACCACCAUCUAGUGCUCCCCAACCAAGCUUCUCGUUGUCUUCGAUACUCAAACAAGCCAAAGCCAUGCAUCAGGUUUCUAACUCGGUUCCUGCUGAGCAACCAAAGGUAAUGGAUCAAAGAAGAUCUUCUUCAUCAUCUGUUAUCAGCCAGAGGCUAAGAAGCCUAGAGAAUCAAGUAAAGGGGAGAAAGAAAAAUAAGAAGAGGUGAUGUCAGGUUAGGCAUUCAAAUAACUUUAAACAUUUUUUUUUUUUUUUUAGUUUUAUUGUUAUAUUCAUGUAUGGGAUACAAGGAGCACAAAGAGAGUGAGAAAGGUACGAAGAACACAACGGCGUGAAAUUUUCAACUUCACUGCUUAUAAUUUUGGUUUGAUUAGCUGAGGAUCUUGAGAAGGAAAUAAUGUACUCUGUGAACUGAUUUUUGGAAGAAGAAAUACAUAGAGCCUCAGGUAGAAAAGUUUUGACUUUCUGUGUCGAUUCUGACUGUGGUGAGAUCAUAGACAACAUGGUAAGUUGGUAAUUUUGGUUUAAUUGCCGAAUCAUGUCUUCACAUGUAAGUAUUAUGCCGGAACGAACAAAUACACUAUCAGUUAAGGAUCUAGUUUCAGCACCAGGAUCGGGACUAUGAAGAAUCUCCCUUAUAACAUGCUUGGCUUGGCCUGGCCAGAGAAA